AUGAAGAAGACGCUGCUUCUGUGUUUCAUCCACGGCUUCAAGGGUGAUGACAACACCUUUUUCAACUUCCCGCGACACCUGCGCGCCGUCGUAGACAAUGCCCUUCCGAAGCUCAACGUCGUGUCCAUCACCUACCCGCAGUACGAAACGCGCGGCGAUCUCCAGUCCUGUGUGGCGAAAUUCAAGGAGUGGUUGCAAAACAAGGUCAUCGACCUCGAGGUCGCAAAUGGCACGCCCUCGCCCACCAUCGACCCGUCGCCCAUACACAACGGCUCCGAUAGCUCCACCUCUCAGACGACCCUCUUGUUUCCAUACAUCCAGGGCAUUCUCGCCUUCGAUACCCCAUACUUGGGAAUCUCGCCGGGGGUCGUCGCACAUGGCGCAGAGGGGCACUGGAACACGGCAACAGCUGCCUAUAAUGCCUAUAGCAGCGUAGCAAGUACAUUUGGGUGGGGCAAGAAGCAGGCGUCAGACCCCGACGCGCUUGCUGCGAGCAAGGCCCUCCCGGCCCCGUCGUCGGCGGCGGCAACGGAUCCAAACGUCGACACGGCCGUAGUACCUGCCUGGCAGAAAUUUGGCAAGAUAGCAAUGUUUGCCGGAGCGGCUGGCGCCCUUGCGGCUGCUGGAGGUGCCGCCUACAUGAACCGGGAACAGCUGAGCGAGGGCUGGCAGUUUGUUGGUUCCCAUCUCGAAUUCGUCGGAUGUCUGGCACGCCAGGAAGAAAUGAAGAAGCGAGUUGCUUCGGUCGUCGCCCUCUCGGAGACGCUGGACAUCGGGUUUACAGACCUCUACACGCAGCUCGGACUCGCCGUUCAGAAGGGAGGCAAUCCAGCAACAAAAUGGAGCUCCGGAGUCCUGGGCGAGCAACGCACCUUCUGCAUCGUGCCCAAGACGGAGAUCAAGAAGCACUUCGUUCCUAUCGUGAAUGAUAAGGCGACGGCCGAGACGUGGGCGCACAUGAACAUGUUCGAUCCCAAGAACCAUCCGAACUAUUACAGCAUGGCGGAGACGGCCCGGGAACUCGUAGUUAACUGGACCUCCUCGACCUCCUGGUAUGAGGAGGCCGCUGGGUAUGACCCUCCACCACGGCCCGAGGAGGGAGCUGACGAAACACCAACAGCUGAUGAUGACCUGGAGAUGAUCGAGAAACCGGAUGUAGAUCAAGACGACUAUGAAGACCUGGCCGAGUCUAUGAUGCGACGACGUCCAUAA